AUGAGUUAUAACAAUUAUAGUUCUGCAGAUGGGUUCAUCCUACUGGGCUUCUCUGAUCAUCCUGGACUGGAGAUGAUCCUCUCUGGAAUUGUCACAGUCUUCUACUUAAUAACUUUGGUUGGAAACACGGCUGUCAUCCUUGUAUCCCUUCUCUACCCCCAGCUUCAUACACCUAUGUAUUUUUUCCUCAGGAACUUAUCUUUCUUAGACCUCUGCUUUACCACCAGCAUCAUUCCUCAGAUGCUGGUGAAUUUGUGGGGCCAAGAUAAGGCCAUCAGUUAUGUGGGCUGUGCCAUCCAGCUUUACAGCUAUAUGUGGUUUGGAUCUGCUGAGUGUCUUCUACUGGCUGUGAUGUCCUAUGACCGCUUUACUGCUGUCUGCAAACCCUUGCACUAUUUGAUUAUCAUGAACUCACAGGUCUGUCUUCAGAUGGUGUCUGUGGCCUGGGGGAUCAGCUUGGCUAAUUCUGUCAUGCUCUGUACACUGACCCUGAAAUUGCCGAGAUGUGGGAAUCACAUCCUGGAGCAUUUCCUCUGUGAACUUCCAGCUCUGGUCAAGAUUGCAUGUAUAGAUACAACAACAAUCGAACUGACUGUAUUUGCUUUGGGCAUUGUCAUUAUCCUGAUACCCCUUGCCCUCAUUCUCAUCUCCUAUGUCUUAAUUGCCAAAGCUGUAUUAAGAAUAAAGUCAGCAGUGGGUCGGAAGAAGGCAGUUAAUACAUGUGGCUCUCACCUCACAGUGGUAUCUAUCUUCUAUGGGACUAUAAUCUACAUGUACAUGCAACCAGGAAACAGUGCUUCCAAAGACCAAGGCAAAUUCCUUACUCUCUUCUAUACUAUUGUUACUCCCAGCCUCAAUCCCAUCAUCUAUACCCUGAGGAACAAAGACAUGAUGGGGGCAAUGAAGAGACUGGUAAGGAGGGAGUAA